AUGCAGGUCACAAACCAGAAAUCAAAUUCAUUUCAAAGCAUCUUUGGUAUCUUUCCACAGUCUGCACACACACCUCAAAAGAUCAUAGAUACACUAUCACAGAUGGGAGUCUGUGUCUCUGUGGAUUCAAUCAAUGCAGCUGUUAUAUCACUGUCAAAGAAAGCUCACUGCAGCAUUUCUGCUCUGGGGCAGACACUUCUUGCAUCCUACACAUAUGAUAAUUUUGAUGUCAACCUUAAAUCAACUGUUCAUACACAUGGUAUUACACUUGAUGACUCACAUUGCUCAAACAAUUUGUGGGAAACAUCACUACUCAACCUGCAAAUCCUUUCUGAUUUAAUCAAGUAUGGGCCCACCUGCUUCCGUCAGUUUAAGAACUGCCUUCAAGAUCUGCAAUCAGUAGAAAUGAUCCCUGCAACAAAGACACUGAUUUUAGCCUCCCAAGCAAUGGAUAUUAGAAAUUCAACAGUAUCCAGGAACAUCAACUCAGUACUUGAGUUACUGAAGCAGGGCAACAUUGAAGAUCCAGCAGAAUGUGAUCCCCUGCAAGAGCUAGAUGUGUUGAACUAUGUUGUGCUAUUCCACAGUGACCUCGGCACAGGUGAACAUCUCCAAGCAGCACUCCAGUGA